UUGUUUUCCUCACUUCCUGUCAUUGGGCCUGUUGAAGUGAACUUGACUGCAGACAGGAGGGAUAGUAGUGGUGCGUUCAGGGGAGGGAGGACCACUGUAGACCGGCAGGCAGCAGAGAGACUCGGGUCUUGCCUCUCUAGAGAAGUUGGACUGAAAAGACAGAAUCUGGAUCAGAACUGUUUAGUCUCCUUCUGCAGAACCAGCAUGGACGUUUUACUGGACACCUGUACUGGACGACGAGCAGUCACAUGUCUGCUGUUACUACACCUCCUGGUCAUGAAGGCAGCAGCUGACUGUACUAAACCUCAGGGAGGGGCAAAUAGCGUCUUAACCAAAGCAGCACUUCUACGGAAUGAUUUUCCAGACGGUUUGGACGUCACUUUAGAGUGUGGUCAUGGAUAUGUUAAAGAAAGUGGCUCUGGGAUCAUAACCUGCUUUGGCAGCAUCUGGACUGAACCAGAUCUCAAAUGCAUAAGGAGGGACUGUGGUGACCCUAAACCUCAACCGCAUAUGAGUUUUAAUAUCAGUUCUGGUACCCUGUAUGGUGCUGUAAUAAGAGGAAUUUGUGAUAAAGGUUUCCAGGUCAGCGGACCAAGCUACAGAACGUGCUAUGCGAAAGGCUGGAGUAGAGGCGCCACUUGUGAAAUUAUAAUAUGUGCCAAACCUGUCGACGUGACCAAUGGCAAAAGCUCUUGGGAUUCUCAAGAAUACCCAAAAUAUGGAGAAAUCGUACAGUACGUCUGCAACAUGGGAUACGUCCUCAUUGGGAAAGAUAGCCUUAUGUGCAGUGAUCAUGGUCGAUACGAUUAUCAGCCUCCAACAUGUAAAGGUCAGACAACAACAGAAGCUUUAAGAAUUACAACAACAAUGCCAACAUCUACACCAGGAGAAGAAGAAGUGUCCGUUGCUACAGAUUCACCUGCCACGCCCACACCCACACCCACACCCACACCCACACCCACACCCACACCCACACCCACACCCACACCCACAGCUCACAGAGCUACAUCUGUCACAACCAGUGCAACACCAACUGUCUCACCUUCACUACCAGGUGGCAGAGGCAUUGGGACAACUGAGGGUAGAGCCAUUACAACCAGUGUAACAUCAACGACAUCAUCUUCAUUUCAAGGAGAGCAUGACAAAGAUGUAGAUACUAACAAGGAAAUCAGAUAUGUGCCUGCUAUAGUCAGCGGGAUAGGCCUUUCAUUUGUUGGGGUUAUAUUCAUUUUGCGCAAGUAUCUUCUGGGGAGAAAAGGCUCAUAUGACACCAGAGAAGACCUGAAGCCGGAGUUAUUACAGUUCCAAAACCUUUAGGUUGCCUGCACGACUGAGCUCUGUAAAUGGAACCGCGCUUAUCUAUUAAAGAUCCUCUGUGACCCAGGAGGGACGUGCCAAAACAACGGUAGCAGCGCCUCUCUGAGUCGAUGACGGAAAAAUAUUGCACUUCAAAUGACAGAUAAUCAAAUCUGAUCAUAAAUUAAAUCAUCAAGCACUUUUUGUAUUACUUUUUUAUUGCCACAUUAUUUUUAACAAUUGUAAAUAUUUAAGGCCACCAUAGUAUUUCUAUUUUGUAUAUUAUUUAUGUUAUAAACUGGAAUAAACUCUUCAACAUCAUGUGUUAUGAAGUAUUGCAACAUUAUUUUUAAUAUUUUAUUUUUCAAUUGUUUUUUUUUGUCUUUUGCAAAAUCCUAAGGCCAUACGUUUACGUGUUAUUAAUGUGCUGCUUUGUUGCGACAGACUCAUGAAAAGGUGAUUCAAGAGGCGUACAAUGUGGUUAAUUCAGUUUGCAGACUGAAAUGACGACUGAUAAAGAUACAAUCAGCUGCA